UCCCCUUCUGCGGCCUCCGUACCCAACCCACCCCUGCUGCUUCUCUCUCUUCCUCUCCUCCUCUUCGCCUCCCUGACCUCUCUCUAGGUACGCCUCCGUCCUCAUCACCCUCCUCGCCCUCUCCCUCUCCAUCGCCACCUUCCUCCCCACCAUCAGGCGCCUGCCCGUAUUCUCCCGCCCGCGAAUGCCAUGGACCUUUCGCUCUCGCGCCCGCUCCGCCUCCUCGCGCGCCCACAGCUCCCGCAGCCAGGGCUCCCACCAGUACCUCAACGUCGACAACGCAAACAGCAUCGGCGGCCUCAUCCAGAUGAGCUCCAGCGACGCCAGCGCCCUGGAUCAGUCCCGUCUGAGCGCAUCCUCGCGCUACUCUGACGACGACGACGACGACGAUGAAGACGUCAUGUCCCUCUCCACCCGCGCUAGCUCGCGUGCUUUGCACAGGUUCAGUGAGGAUAUCAAUAGCACCGAGCUAUUCCUCAUCGCAUCUAGAGGCUCGACCGCCAGAAGCGUCCUCGAGAAACUGCUCCUGCUCGUCCUCAUCGUCGGUCACCUCAGUCUCAUCCUCGCCAGCAGACUGCUCCCCGGCUUUGCCGAUCCCAGUCUCGAUCUGAUCCUGCGAUCCGGCAGCGCCAUCGCGUUCUGGCUCUAUGCCUUCGUCCUCUCAACCCUAAGGUCGCCAAACCACAACCUAAACGGCUGCGCCUACAAAGCCUCCGUCCACCUCGCGAUCUUCUACGCAACAUCAUGGUGCUUUGUCGCCGUGCAACUCUACCUCGAGGCAUCCUACGCCGCCCCAGUCCUACAGUUCCAGCUCUCGGCUGCCGAGUUCGCCAUCAUCACAUGUCUCUGCGGCAUCGCGCUCGCGUCGCCUCUGGGCGAUACUCCCCCAUACAUUGAAGUCCGGAAAGGACUGCAGCCGUGGAAGGAGAACAUCUCCUCGCUGUACUCCCAGCUCACGUUCUCGUGGGUCAACGAUCUCAUGAGGAAAGGCUUCACUGAGCCGCUCACUCUAGAUGACGUCUGGGAUCUGUGCGAUGAUCUCCGAUCGUCUGUGGUCGCGCACGGCUUUGAAGAGCAACGCAAGCGCCAUUCGUUCUAUGUCUCGAUCCUGGUUUACUGCUCGGCCGAACUGACCGCGAGUGUCAUCUGGACUUUUCUCUACGCCCUGCUUACUUUUAUUCCUACCAUCAUGGUCCAGGAAAUCCUCACCUACCUCGAGACCGGCGCCCGGUCUACAUCUAUCGCGCUCGGAUACGUCGCGUUCUUGUUCCUGGCUACAUUACUAGGCUCCGUCGUGAGCGCUCAGUCGAUGUGGGGUUUCAGAAGAUUAGGGAUCAAGAUCAGAGCCCUGCUGGUCUCUGAAGUUUAUAGUAAAGCCCUGGCUCGCAAGUAUGCCGUGAACGACGCAAGCAAGCCCCCCGGCUCGGCCAGAAGCUCAGAAUCGGCAGAGCAAGCAGCUACGCCCAAACCUGACAUCACCGAAGAUUACAUGACCACAGGAUCGAUCAUCAACCUGAUGGCGAUCGACUCAAACACAAUCUCAGAAGCCGUCGCGGGCAUGCAUCAGCUCAUCAAGGGAAUCGUGAUGAUCGUCGUCUCUCUCGUGUUGCUGUACCGAAACCUAGGUCCCAGUUCGCUCGCCGGCGCAACCCUGAUGUUUGGUCUCUUGCCCAUCAAUUAUUUCUUCUCGAGAGGGUUUGGCAAGAUCCAGGGAAACCUGAUGGCAAUCACCGAUAAACGGAUUCAGAAAACAAACGAGGUCUUGCAGAGUAUCAAGAUCAUCAAGUUCUUCUCGUGGGAGUCGCUGUUCACAAAGAGGUUGAUGGAGAUUAGGACGAAGGAGAUCAAACAGUUGCGUAAACGAUACAUUCUCUGGACUUUUGCUGUGAUCAUAUGGUUUGGCUUCCCGACUCUAAUCACAUUCGCGACGUUUGGAUUCUACACACUAGUCGCAAAGCGCGAGCUCACUCCCUCGAUCGCAUUCAGUUCGGUCGCGCUAUUCAACCUGCUCCGGACCCCGAUGGACAGACUGUCGAGCAUGGUCGCCGAGCUCAUUAACGCUAAAGUCUCAAUGAACCGCGUGCAGAAGUUCAUGCUUGAGGACUCGACCGGGAAAUACGAACAGCUCUCAUCCGAGCGCGACGACAGGUCGCCCGAGAUCGGGUUCCAGAACGCGUCCUUCACAUGGGACGUCAACCCCAGUCCCGAGCGCUCGAGGGGUAGCUUCCAGCUCGCGAAUCUAAACAUCCGGUUCGCGGUCGGCCAGCUGUCGGUGAUUGUCGGACCGACCGGGUCUGGCAAGUCGUCGCUUUUGCUGGCGUUGCUGGGCGAGAUGACGCUCAUGAAAGGUAAAGUCUUUCUUGCCAGCACCGCAGGGAGCGAUGGCGGCGCUUAUGAUCCGGUCUCAAAACUGUCAAACUCUGUAGCGUACUGCGCGCAGUCGGCUUGGCUCUUGAACGACACAAUCAGAGGAAAUAUCCUGUUUGGCAGCAAAUACGAGUCAGAUAGGUACGAAACCUGCAUCGAUGCCUGUGCGCUGCGGCGCGACUUUGAGAUGUUGGAAAAAGGCGAGUUCACCCAGGUUGGCGAGAAAGGCAUCGCUCUUUCCGGCGGCCAGAAGCAGCGAAUCUCGCUUGCUCGCGCGCUCUAUUCGCGCGCCAAACACGUCUUGCUGGAUGACUGUCUGAGUGCGGUUGACGCGUCGAGCGCGCUGACGAUUUACGAGGAAGGCGUCACCGGACCGUUGAUGCACGGCCGCACGUGCAUCCUGGUCUCGCACCACGUCAAUCUCGUGCUCGGCGGCGCGAGCUUCGUCGUCGUGAUGAAGAACGGCGGGGUUGUGUUCAGCGGGAGUCCGAACGAGGCGAUCUCGCGCGGGAUCAUAAAGUGGGAUAAAGCGCUGCUGAAGACGCCUGCUGCGGCAAGCACCACGUCGGAGGAUGGUGGUCUUGUGGCUGCUGCUGAAGCGGCGGGGGUGCAGGCUGUGGUUGAGAAUUCGCUGGCUUCGUUUGAGUUUGGCGAGGAGAAUGUGUUUGAGCGCGGGAUGUCAGACGAGAUUGCGGCAGCAGAGGAAGAGGAUGAUGAUGAAGACGAUGAGCGGCGGGCGCUGCAGGCCGAGGCGCAGGAUAUCGGACGAGUGAAGAGUGAAGUCUACUCGCGCUAUUUCAAGGCCAUGGGCUCGAAGCUGUACUGGAUCGCGGUCGUGACGAUCAUUUGCGUGCAUCAGAUUGGUAACGUCGCACAGUCGUGGUGGAUUCGCGAGUGGUCCGAGAACGCGGAAGAUGUCGCGCUCGAGGUGGAUAACGGCGGCGAGACCAAGACGAGCGAGAGCAGUCUGGUGUAUUAUCUGCUGAUCUACGGACUCAUUUCGUGUAUCUACAUUCUGCUGUCGUUCCUGCGCGAGGGAAUCGUCUUUUACGGAAGUCUUGUGGCGUCAGUUGAUAUCUACGAGCGGCUGCUGCACAGGGUGAUGAAGGCCACGCCUAGGUUUUUCGACAUCACGCCCGUGGGCCGGAUCAUGAAUCGGUUCUCGAAAGAUAUAGAGUCGAUCGACCAGGUCAUCGCUCCCGACCUGCUUUCGUUUGCGCACUCGGUACUAGCGCUCGUCGUCGUCGUCGUCCUGAUCUCCGCGAUCGUGCCCGUGUUCCUCAUCGCCGGCGUCGCGAUCGGCGUGAUCUUCUACUACAUCAAUCUGUACUACCUCCAAUCGUCGCGCGAGCUGAAGCGCAUCCAGUCCGUCACGCGGAGUCCUAUCUAUCAGCAUUUCGGCGAGACCCUGGCCGGGCUGUGCACGAUCCGUGCGUACGGGUGCGAGUCGCGGUUUGCGUAUGUGAGUAUGCUCAAGGUUGAUACAAACAGUCGGCCGUAUGGCGCGCUGUGGGCGUGUAAUCGCUGGAUGUCGCUCCGGAUCGAGGUGACUGGAGGUUUGGUGUCUACCUUCACGAGUGCAUUUUUGUUGCUCCGGCAGGGAACCGUGGACGCGGGUCUGGCGGGACUGUGCCUGACGUUUGCAAUCACGUUUACCGAGAACAUGCUCUGGCUCGUCCUUCUGUCUGCCGUGAACGAGAUGAACAUGAACUCUGCCGAGCGCGUGGAGGAGUACCUCCAGCUCGAUCAAGAAGCCCCCGACGUGGUUUCCGACUUUCGGCCCCCGAGCGGCUGGCCGCUCAAAGGCGCGAUCGAGGUCUCGGGUCUGUCGCUGCGGUACGCGCCGGACCUGCCUUACGCGCUGAAUAACGUGAGUUUUGGCGUGGAUGCGGGGUGGAAGGUUGGCAUCGUCGGACGCACUGGGGCGGGAAAGUCGUCGAUGGCGGCGGCGUUUUUCAGGUUCUUGGAGGCCGAGGAGGGGUUUAUCAAGAUCGAUGGGAUAGAUAUUUCAAAGAUCGGGCUGCAGGAUUUGAGGAGGGCGCUUGCUAUUAUUCCACAGGAUCCGACGUUGUUUACAGGUACACUGAGGUCAAACCUUGAUCCGUUUGAUCAAUAUUCAGAUAGUCAGAUAUUUGAAGCGUUGCGUCGCUCGCACUUGCUUUCGGACGACCUCGCGAACGCCGACGCCGACGACGAGCACGACUCCACCAACGGUUUCUCCUCGCAACAAAUGUUCCACAAUCUUGACAGCGCCGUGACCGAGAACGGGCAAAACAUCUCGCAAGGCCAGCGCCAGCUCGUGUGCCUUGCGCGCUCGCUGCUGAAAGCGCCGCAGAUUAUCAUCCUCGACGAGGCGACUGCGUCGAUCGACUACGAGACCGACUCGAAGCUGCAGGUGACGAUACGGCAGGAGUUCAAGGACACGACUGUGCUGACUAUUGCGCAUCGGCUGCGGUCUGUGAUUGAUUACGACCGGAUUAUGGUCAUGGACGCGGGCCGCGUGGUGGAGUAUGAUCGCCCGUAUGAGCUGCUGCGGCAGACUGAGUCGCUGUUUGCGGAGAUGGCGAGGAGUUCGGGGGAGUUUGAGGAGCUGGUUGAGCUUGCGCAGAAAGCGGACGAGGAGCGGCAGAUAAACAGUGCUGACCCGUUGUCGCAGUGAGUGAGUGAGUGAGUUGAGUGUCGGUUGUUGGUACAUAGAUGCUUUUUAUAGGUUCUUUUUAGAAGGGUAUAAGCGCAUUACUGGUCUUCAUCUGUA